GAUGUUUCACUAAAACUUGAAAGGUAAGAGGUCACCGUGGUAACAGCACAUGUUACCGUCUUGUUAAUCGGUUUACAGCUUACACCAGUCAGGUCCAUCUGUGUGUUUCUGUAAAUAGUUGUUAAUAGUCACAGCUUGAAAGAGAGGAAAAGCAUGACAAAUGAAGGUAGAAUCUUUGCAUUAAUAAUUCAGAAUGCACGUGUCUGCUUUAGCAGGAUUAGCCUCUGAGUAUAAUUCACAUCUCUGAUUCACACAGUAAGACGGUAGCUGCAUAAUGGGGGACUGGGGCAGACAGAAAAAGAUGAGUUUAACAUGUUCACAUGUUUGCUUUCUGAACAUGUCACACAGCAGCUCUCUCUCUUAUACGGGUAGUUGUGGGUAUUACCAAUCAAUGCGCAUGUCCACUCGCCUGGUUUUGCCUGAGAGUUACUGUAGAAGCAGCUUAAUCUUGUUGAACAAGUGGAAAGGCACAGGGAGAGAGAUUUAAACCAACAUGAGCUUUUCCAUUGAAGAGAGGGGCAGGCCAAACACCCAGGACUACAGAGUUUUCUUCAAGAACUCAGAUGGUAAAUACAUCUCUCCCUUUCAUGAUGUGCCCAUCUAUGCAAACGAAGCAGAGAACAUUUUUCAUGCCAUUGUAGAAGUUCCAAGAUGGACAAAUGCAAAGAUGGAGAUAGCAACGGGGGAUCCUCUUAAUCCACUAAAGCAGGAUGUGAAGAAGGGAAACCUUCGUUAUGUAGCCAACGUGUUUCCCCACAAAGGUUAUAUCUGGAAUUAUGGAGCUAUUCCACAGACAUGGGAAGAUCCCCACCACAAGGAUAGUGACACAGGAUGCUGCGGAGAUAAUGAUCCCAUUGAUAUCUGUGACAUUGGAAACAAGGUUUGCUCUCGUGGAGAAAUAAUCAAAGUGAAGGUGUUGGGAACCCUGGCUUUGAUCGAUGAGGGUGAAACCGACUGGAAGGUCAUCGUUAUCAAUACUGAGGACCCAGAGGCAGGCGACUUUAACGAUAUUAACGACGUAAGGCGACUUAAGCCAGGAUAUCUGGAAGCAACUGUUGAUUGGUUCAGACGAUACAAAGUCCCCGAUGGAAAACCUGAGAACCAGUUUGCUUUCAAUGGGGACUUCAAAGAUAGGGACUUUGCCAUUCAAACAGUGAAAAGUACACAUGAGUUUUGGAAAGCACUGAUAACUAAAAAGAGUGAUGCUGGAGGCUUAAACUGCAUGAACACCAGUGUCUCUCACAGUCCCUUCUGCUGCUCUGCUGCAGAGGCUGAAGCAGUGGUUAAGUCUGUCUGUGAUUUUGGAUCUGGAGAAACGAUUUCAAACUCAGUUGAUAAAUGGUUCUACUAUGAUAAAUAAGAACAUAAAGCCAUUCCAGGAACUUAAAAAGGAUCCUUCUUACGGCAUAUGUCAAUCAAACAAAUGUAAUGAUCUAUUCUCAAUGUGAACUUCUUUGUUCCCUCAUGAUCUGUCGAUGAAAAUCUUAAUAAAAA